CCCUGUCUCCAGGCAGCAGGAAGCCCACCAGUCAGCCCGUAAUUGCAAGAAAGCUCACCCCUUGCUAUUACUCACAACGUCCUGCAUGCCAUUCUGUACGAGUUAACGACGCGCUAUAGUGGCAGGCAGGUUUAUUUGUUUGCGCUAGCUAGUUUCGGCUUUAAUAACUCCUCUAUUUUCUACAGUCGAAUUCGCAGGAUGUCUCGUGCUCUGUUAGAUCGCCUGUCGGACGACCUCAUCUGCGUCAUCUUCCGUCGGCUAAGCCAGCAGUUACCCAGCAGCUUCAAUCACGCCUUGGUCUGCAAACGAUGGAAUCGCCUUGCUUGUCUUUCGCAAACGUCCAUCGCGAACAGUUCUCGUAGGCUCGCUGCAGACGUUAGCCUUCUCUGAUGUCUUUCUCAAUUCAAGAAUCUGACGUUUCUAAAGAUGGACGGGUACGAGAUAGGUGCCGAUGGCGAAUUCUUUCUCGGCCUUGGCUCCGUCUGUCCGCGAGCUGAGCAACUCGGAUGAUAGGGGGUUGACAUGUCAUGGAUUGGAUGCGAUCUUCACUGCCUGCACCGGACUGCAGUGUCUCUCCUUAUUCAUGCAAGGAGACUCGAGGUCGAUACAAGAUUGACAGACAGAGGUGGGGAUGGGGAGGUGGUGAAGCUGACAGAUUCAUUCUUCUUGCGCUGCGACGCAAGUAUGUGCAGCUUCGUGGCAAACAGCCGAAAGCAACUGGAGCAAUCAAGGAAACGUGUCCAUCCUGACUAAGGACGAGUUUCUCAGCUCCACAGGCAAGAAAUCGCCUUGGAUUCUGGUUGGCAAUCCUGAUGCCAGUAAGAAGGGCAGGGCCUUAACAGGAGCAGCAGGAGCGUGAUGGUCUGCACCUUCAGCUCCAGCAGUGCGAACAGUACCACCUGCAGAUCUGCUGUGCAGAUCCCUGCAAUAACUGCUGCCAGCACCGAGGAAUCAGUUAAGAAGAAUGAAAGCAAAUACCAGGCCUCACAAAAAAAGCCGUACGAUACUGCAGCAGUCAGUUCUCAAGAAUCAGCAAGAAACGGCACGAGCAGGCAGCAAGGUGCUCAAGACCAUGCUGUUGCCUGCCGUGCUGGGAGGAUCCAUGAGGAUGAGCUCCAACCCAAGCAGCUCAGCCGCCGUUCUCCUGCUGGGCUCUCCCCUCUGAGGAAAUCGUCUGUUGCUGUUGUCCCUGUUGACGAUGCUUCUGCUGCAAGUGCUUCAGCUAAUUCCGAGAAAAAAAGUAUGAAGGUUGGAGGAAAGAGGCGGAUGACAAGGUGGGUGAGUAGAGUCUGGUCGAGCAUAGCGCUGAAUAAGUGGCAUACUGGCAACUAAGGUAAAGCUGGUGGGGGUGCUGUGGGAUGUUGAUGGUAGGGGUUCACCCCCUUUUUUCCAUCCUGCCUGUCAGGAUGUUGUGGGAAAGAUGGAAAGAAUGGCGGACAGGAAAGUUGGAAAUGGGAUUGAAUGCUACUCUGGUCUGGCGCUAGUCUGGUUUAGGCUGUAGGUGUAAUGUCAAUCAUGUAUUCACUGUAUGAACGUCGUAUCUUUGUUACCAUGGAAUCAAUGAAUGGCUGAGGGGAUUGUGAAGGGAUAGGAGUGACCGCAGAUGUCAAGUGUGCAACGUUAGCGGAUCGUUUACGCCAUUCGAAGCUGGCCGCAUAGUCGGAAAUCGUCCGCCAGGUGUUCGCCAAGUGUUUUUUUCCUGUUUCGUUUAACGUAAAUGGUUUGCGAGUCUUCCGCGAAUGAGUUGUUUCGCGAAUGAGUUGUUUUGUAAAUGUUACACCUUGAUAAUAAUCUUGUUCUGAUGGC